AUAAAAUCACCGCGCCAUGCGCGCCAUCCAGGAAUCCGUGGCCAAGUCACGCCAGGCGGCGCUGGAGCGUACGCUGCAGCGGCAGGCAGAGGAAGAAGCGGCGCAGGAGGCGCUGAAGCAAAAGAAGGCCUUAAGGCUGAAGAAGGAAAGAUGCUUAGAAGCGCGCCAUGAUCUCAUCCAAGCUGUGAACAUGGCGCAUGAAGACGAUGCCUUGGACUGUCUGGAGGAGAUGCGUGGCCACCUCGAUGUGUUGGUGGCCACCGAUGAGUAUGGCUCGACACUUCUGCAUGAAGCCUGUUCCCGCGGGAUGUAUCGCCUGGCAAUGGCCGUGCUGGAUGAAACCGAAGAGGACCAGGAAAGUCUCUUCCAACUGGACUAUCGGGGCCAGACGCCGCUGCAUCGCGCUGCCACCGCAGGCAGUGGUGAGAUUUGUGCAGCGCUCUGCAAGCUGCCGUUGUGUCAGAAGAGUUUGAAAGACUCGGAGGGCUUCACAGCGUUGCAGAUCGCCCAGCGCUGGGGCUUCAGUGCGGCUGCGGAUGCCAUUUUUCGGGCCAUCAAUCCAAUGCCUGAGUUGGAGCUGCAAGUCUUGGCACCACCAACGCCACCCGAGGAGACCAAAGUGGAAAAGGCGACGAAGGGUCGGUUGAAACCCGGCAGGCGAGGCGGUUCCAAGGAAAAGCGCGGCUCCGCGGCUUCACAGGAUAAACGCAGCUCCCUUUCCCGAGGCUCCUCGCAGGGCGGCGACCGAUCGGGUUCAGCACGCUCCUCGUUGAAAGAGGGGAAGCGUUCGUCACUGAAAAAGCAGGGGGAGGACCGUCGCCGCUCCUCUGGUGGCGCCUCCAACAGUGCGUCGCGCCUUUCGCGGAUGAGCUCGCGACAGAGCUCCCGGCAGAGCUCCAAGUUGUUCUCGCGGCAAGUCUCCGGGUCUACUGAGGAUAGAAGAACCAGCCGGAAGAACUCUCAGGACAUCGAGAACUGCGAGAACAGGUCUGACGCAGGUUUUUCUGCGGAGGGCAGCACUGGCGAGCCAACCUCUCCAGAUGCCCAGGCAUCGGCGCCCGAUUCUCCAGAGAAUCCUGAUGUAGAGGAGGAGGGAGGGCUCAGCUCAGAAGGCGAAGAAGGGCCACCACCGCCGCCCUUACCGGAAGACAUGGGAUACCAGGCGGGUUUCAAGGCAGUGGAAGACGAUCGCCUCGAGGACGCCUUGGCCUUGGCGCGGAGCUCCCUGUGGCCCUUCACGAACGAAGUGAAUUCUCGGGGAUGGACCUUGCUUCACCUGGCAGCCUUUCGGGGAUUCGAGGAGCUCUGUGCUUUGAUGUGUCAGCGUAAGGAUUUCAAGGGCGUCGACCGACCAGAGAAGGACUUCUGGGCCACGGCUUUGCAUUUCGCCGCCGGCAAGCGUCGCCCCGAGUGCUGCCGUGCCAUCGUGGAGAGCGGCCGAUGUCUGGACGUCAACGCCAAGGACAACAAGGGCCACACCCCGCUGCACCUGGCCGCGCUGCGUGGGGACAAGGAGUCCUAUGCAGCCAUUGCAGCUCAUCCGGACUGCAACCCACUGCUGCCAGACAAUGAUGGCAAGUCGGCCUUGGAGUAUGCCGCCGAUCGGGGUUUGGAGGUGGACUGCCAAGUUCCAGGACAUACUGAAAUUGCUUUCUGAAGCGAAUUCGGAAUGUGCACCAAGCGCAAGCCCUUGCCGCCGUGUGCUGUGCUCUGCUGUUGCUUGAUUUUCUGUGCUGGCCUUCAAAGAAGCCCGGCAGAUAGCGUCACCAGUGUGAAAA